UCAGGGUUAAUGUGACGUUAUAUAUGAUUUAGUAUAUAUUAUUGAGAUAUUAUUUAUAUUUCUCUCAGAGUCUCGUUUCCUUCUUUGGCAUAUUUGAUUGGAUAAAUUAAGAAACAGAGACGAUGAAUCAGAUUGAGAAAGAGACCACACAAAAUAUGAGAAUUCCCUAGACAACAAAUUAUAAAAAUAUGUUUCUAUUAUAUUAUACAAUGAUUAGUUUUUUAGUUGGUUAUUUUAGUUGUAACAUGCUUUAAAAGCUUAAAAUUUUGCUCUUUAUAUAAAAGAGAUCAUUAUUUCAAUAUUUUCAAUACUAAUUUCAAUACAAUUAUUUGAAAUUUGAUUAAACUAUAUAAACUUCUUUUGUGAAAAAAAAACUAAUUUAAAAGUCGACUCCACAUUCGAAAAAUAAAAACUCUAAUCAGUAUAUUAUUUAUUAUAUGGUAGUUGGUUUGGGGUCUACUCUCGGAAGACUCUUCUCUUUUCUUAUAGUCAAAAAAACGUUAUUUAGAAAGGUCUAGUUGGUACAUUAUGCUUUACAAGUCUCUCGUUAUACAUAAGUUUUUUAUUAUGGUAAUGGAGAAACUGAUUCAGUAAUAGAUAAGGUUUUAAAAACAUGUCUACGUUUGCUAAUAACUACGAUUUCAAGAAACCCAACUAAUAUGUAAGUUUCCAAGGUUGAGCUGUAUCCAGUUUGAAACGUUUGUUCCAAUCGUUUCUAGGUGCAGCCUGUUUAUCUAACUUGUGACCAAACAAACUGAAACGGUUCUUUCCUUACCGCCUCCUUUUAUGGGCGGUUAAGAACUUAGUCUGACCGCAAAACUUACUCUGUGGGUAAGGACGCACAUAAUUAAACUAGUUACCACAUUAAUUAAUUAUGUCCAAAUAAACAAAGUAUAUAUGUAUCCCAGGGUAGUUUUUUACACAUGCCGUAAAUAAUUUGAGUAUAAAAUAAAGACGAAAUUCACAUUUCCUGGACAAUGUCACUGUUCACUAAGCCAUAUUUUUCGAGUAAGUCAUUAUCAAAUGUCAAAUUGAGCUUUUUGUUCCCUUCUUGAAAUGAAAAUAUAAUACCACGUAUACAAUUUGUUUAAAUACGAAUGGGUCAUGGUAUUAAAUUUUGAUUAAACAUAAAACGUACACGUACCCAAUCAAAUUUAUGUGAAAGAAUAUGUCUAGAACAGAUCCAUAUAUGUUAUUGUAUACCAAGGUAAAAGUGUUGAAACGUCAUAUUCGAUUCGGCGGCAUCAUAAUUAAUUAAGAACCCACUUUACUUUAUGUUUAUUAUAUAUACAUGGCCAUUGGCCACCACAAUAAAUAAAUAAGAACUGCUUCAAUCUUUAUAUAUUUUCUCAGCUAGUGAUUACACAAUAAUUCACUGAAUAUACAUUAUUCACAAGUAUAGAGUUAUCUAUCGAUCUAUAUUCACAAAGUACUAAUCGUAAUGAUAUAAACUGAACUAGCUAGUAUCCGCUUCAGGAAAGAAUGGCUAUUGUUCAUUCAGAAUCUGUUAAGUUGAUUGAGGAAUAUGGGGCCCGUUAAUCACAAUUACGGUUCACGAGAUUAAUAAUGUAGUCCAGUUUUAUUUAAAAACAAUAUGAGUGGUAUUAGUCUUCAUCCUUCAAUUCGUGAUUAUAGAUUUGACAUAACGGUGUGAUAGCUCUACAAUGAAUGAUGAAAUAGUAUAUAUAUGUAAUUGAAUGACGUUUUUACGUAUAUGGUAAUCAUAAAACGUCAGAAUAUUAGAUAGGUCUAGUUAGAGAUCGACACAAGUGGAAAAAUCAAACGAUGAAAGAUUUAUCUUAGUAUUCGUAUUUGAUCCUAACAUUUUGGGCAUUCACUGGAAAAUACCAAUCGAAAUUGUUUUGUCCAAAACUAAAUUGAUAAAAGUACUUGAAAUUUGUAACUUUGUACAAUAUUGGUUUUACUCUAUAUUUUGGACUAUAAUUAAUUGGUAUCAAAAUACAAAUAAAGUGUAGAGUUAACUUAUAUAUAUAUACUUUAACUGAUGUUAUAUUAUAUUAGUAGUCGAAUUGAGAAAACACUUUGUUUCUUAGUAUAUGUUGCUGUGUAGGUUUGAAAUAAAUCAGAAAUCUGGCUAAUUUUUUUUAAAAAAAAGUUAAGGAAUUUUAAUUCUAGCCUUAUACAUUUUAGUCCGGUGCACAAAAAAAAAUACAUUUUAGUCCUGAAAACCUAGUAAUUACAGUUGCUAAGAAGAGCAAGAAGACAAGAAUUGCCGCAAGUGAACACAUGGAAGAUAGCUUAAACGCAACGUAACUGUGAUUGAGCUUGAUCGAAUAUAAGAAGAAAAACUUUGUAUUAUUUAUCAUACAUAAUUUUAUUUUAUAAUCGUGCAGAUAGAUACAAAAUAAAUGUCUAAAAACUAAGAAAGAGAGAGCAGAGAUUGUUGGAAAAUCUGUGAACGAUAUACGAUGAUUGAUGCGAGAUUUAACAUUUUUAUAUAAGUCAAUGGAAACACAUGGCGCACAUGCGACUUAUUUUUAGUUGUAUAAAAAAUAUCAACGACGAAGGAAACAUAACUGUUUUUGGUCGACUAUAUAUUUUCAACGUAGAGAAAAUUGGUUAUAUAUAGAGAUGUCAGAUGUGUUGAGAGUAAUUUAGAUACAAAAUGAUAUACCAUAGAUUAUUAAAAUGCUUAAACACUAUAUAUUUUUAGAAAAGCUAAUAAUUUCAUUUAUUUCACUGCUAACACUAAAAAUAACAAAAUUUCCUUUAUUUUAAAAUUUAUUUUAUGUUUAAUUUUAUUAUUUUAUUUUAAAAUUAAAAUAUAAACUAUAAGUGGUAAAAACGAAAACAAAAUAAAAGUGAUAAAUAAGUAAAUAUUUAUUAUUUUUAAUAUAUGUGAAAAUUUUAGAAAGUCAGUCAUCCAAACACAGAAAAAAAAAACAUUUCAGCGAAUUGGUGAAACAAAAAUGGAUUUUUUUUCCAUUUACGUUUAGUUCUUUCUUUCUUAUGAUUUAUUUAGUAGACACGAGCAAAGACGGCGUCAGCAAGUGGACCAAACAGGUAGUAAUCAGGAGCCAGAAACGUAAUGCCAUCUGGAGUAUUAGGUGACUUGUUAAGAUACUGACAGUUCCGUAUGAUAAAAGGUAGUAAAAUUUUGUGAAAGUAAAAUCCUACGGUAAAGAUAACAAAAAUGUGGUCCUAGUUCUUGAAUCUAAAUUGCCUUCUAUAUCGUGGAAACUAAAAGACUUUGUAUUAUUUGAUAAAGAAAAACUUUGUAUUUCUUCAUAUAGAAACUCUGCAUUUAUAUAUUGCAGUGUGUAUAUUUUAUAGCUACGUACACAUGUACUACAUACGCAUAUAAUUGCAUAUAUAAAUAUUGAAAAAGACAAUGGGAGCGGUUCAGAAACUUAAAUAUGAUGUUCCCUUUAACUCUUUUUGUUCAUUCAAUUCUCUGUUUCCCCAUAAAAGAGGUAACAAGUACUAAAAAUAAUAAAAUGAAAUAGAAGAUCAAAUAUUUUUCAUUAAGCGACGGUCGAUGCGCGAGAGUCAUGAGAUAUGUACUACUUUCUCGUAGAUCUAGGUUGUUUUUAUUUUGUAUUAUAACAGCUACUUGCAUAGUUGAUCAAAAAACAGCUACCUGUAUUUGCUACAUUACAUUUUAGUUUUCCAAUAAUUAAUUACUUUUAAGCCAUUAUGCUUAGUGAAUCGUUUAUUGGAUGUGUAAAAUUUGAUGAUUAAGAAAAACUUUGUCAGCUUAAUCUAAACAUAUGUGUAUGUGAUUCUUUGUAAGCCGUUUAAAUCAUUCAUGUAUGAUGUAUGUAUCACAAGGUUUUCUUUUGUAAUGGUGGAAGUUCGUUGAGUGGUAACAUCUCUUGGGCCACACCAAAUCAGAUCCUCCAAAUCUUGCUUUUGGUCAGACUGAAUAUCAUUAUACAUAAAAUAAUAACACCGCUCAUAAUUAACAUAUUAAUACGUAUUGUGAUUGCAUACCUUUUGUGAGAAAACGUGUAUUCUACUUAAAAUCAAGAGGAGUCAUUGUUUCAAAUGCAACAUUUGUGAAAUCAAUAGAAAAGGUUUCGAAGUACUUUAUAUUACAAAUGUAUACAUACAAUCACAAGCGAUUCUUCUAUAUAGUCAUGGAAAAUGAAUGCUUAAGUGAUUCAUACACAUAAUGGUUACUAUAAAUUCUUCUCACUUUGGUAUGUGCAAUUGGAAGAAACCAUUAUAAAAUGUCAUUCAUCACGGAUGGUAUUUAUAUAUAUAAAUCGUGCUAUAUAAUUACAAACAAGUAAUUAAAAACGCAGGUAAUAUCAACAUCAGUAUUUUCAAAUAUAUAGAUAAAGAGUUCGCGUGUGAUUAGUUGAUAGGGAGAGUUGGAGAGGGAAGAGAAAAACCACUGAGAAAAUAGCACUCACACUCUUUUGUAAAAGUUUGGGGUUAAUACCUUUCGAAUAUCUUUUUAUCAGGGUGAAGAUUAGAAUAAGAUUUAAAUUUAUAAACAAAUCCAAUCAUGAAAGGGAAAGAUUCAACAUAUAGGAAGAACAAUUUAAGAAAGAAACAAAUCUACAUCACAUCAUUUGUAUAUAUAUUAGUGGCUGCCCUACAAUUGUCUUUGUCUCCAUAGUUUUUUUUUUUUUGUUUAAACCUCCAUAGUUUAUUUAUCAUAUUAACUUUCAUCAUAAAAGAGACAAAAUUUGAUAAUGAUCAACUUUUGUUCUCUCCUAUUUUCCACCCCGAAUAAUUCUUGAAGUUUCUGCUUCUUUAUUUACUUUUUAUUAUUAUAUGAUCAUCUUUAUUUGGAUUAUAUGCUCACUAUUGUAUCUUUUGCUGUUUUUCUUCUUGGAAAAAUAAUUUAAAGAGUCAAUGAACACUAAACGCUAUAGAUAAUUAGUGAGUUGUCUUCAUAGAUACGAUGGUUAUAAUGCAUUAAGUUAUUUAAAUGCUAUUUUCUCACAUUUACUUUUAGACCACACCUUAAUGAGAGAGAAUUGUAAGCUUAAGUCUUGGAAAAUAUUUUCCAACAAACUAAUCCAACAACCCGUAAAAUGACUUUGUAGUUUAUGAUAUUUGAAAUUGUUGGGAAUAUUGAAAACAAAUAAUAUAACUGCAUAAUUAUAAUUAGUACAACUUUUGUGAAUAUGAAAUAUGGGCUGGAAUGAAAGCCCAAUGGGCUAAUCUUAUUCUAGCUCUGAUCCAAAUGAAAUGUUUGGCUGGAACUAAAGCCCAAUAGUCGAAUCUUCUGAUGGGUUUUAGUAAUUGUAAAGCAAAAACGCGGGAAACUUGUGUUAGAAUUUCAGAUAGUCCAAAUGUGUUAUGCGUUGGAACUUUACUUUUUCAAUCCUGACAGCAUAAUUCUUUGCCCGACGAAUAAAUAAAACCAAUAAAGGAAUAGAAAAACUGGGAUGAUUUCCUGAAGACAGAAGCAAUAUAAAUGCUUGAUUUAAAUAGCUUCACCUUCACGUACUUUUUGAACCUCUGGCCUUUUGUAAUCUUAUAAGAACCCCUAUCCUCGUAAUAUAAUCCAUGCACAAGUAAAUAUAUUCACAUAACCAACGGUGUCCUAAUCAGCAUGUUACAUGGCCAAGGAGAAGCAACCACUAAUGGAUCUAGAGCAAGGAAUAAAGCUAACCAGUUUUACUGACAAUGAACCACCAAAGAUGAUCUUGGAUAAGACGAAUAUAAUCGGAUCUGGUUAUGUAACUAAAUGGAGUGAAGGUUCUCGUGGUCCAUGGGAUGCUCCUUAUCAGAUUGCAACGCUAGGUGAAGUUGAAGAAUCACAAAAGCAAAAGGCGAUCGAGGAUCCAACCAUGGAGAAUGUAACCGGAACUGAUAACGUGGGUAAAUGGAGCGAAGGAUUUCGUGAUCCAUCGGCUCUUAACCUCAAAAAACCUGAGAAAGCUAAGGCAAUAUCGGCCAACACUAAACCGGCAUCUGGCUCCCAACCUGAGAUUCCCGGUUUAUGGUCUUCUUCGUUUAGCAAAGAGUAUUGUUGCAUCUAUAGAGUGCCUAACUGGUUACGCCGAGUUAACCCAGAGGCUUACACUCCUCAGAUGCUUCUACUCGGUCCACUUCAACAUUCUAAGAAAGCUGAAGCUCUUGAGCUUUCCAAAACCGAUUUAAGAUAUAUGAACUAUAUGAACAUGGAACGUCACAAGAAGAAGUAUCUUAUGGAAAUUGCACAUAGAUAUGGGACUGAAACCAUCAUAGAGUUCAGCAGAAUCAUUGAGAGAGAUGAACAUAUCAUAAGAGCAAGCUAUGCCGAAUCAACGGAGUGGAUCAAAUCUGCAGAGUUCGUGGAAAUGAUCAUACACGACGCUGUUUUCUUACUAGGGUUCUUCCUUCAGACCGGAACUCAAAAGUAUCAAAGGAACGAAGAUAUUCUUUUCGAUGUUCCCUGUCAUAUAACUCCUAUUCUGGAAGACCUAAUCUUGCUCGAGAACCAACUUCCUUAUGCUCUUUUAGAAAAUCUUUUCGAACCUUUUCUCUUUCAGUUUAGAUUUGAGGAAACGCUCCGUGACAUUAUCCUUCGAGUUUUUAGGUUUGAAGGGAAGUUGAAAAAGGAUGUAAAGUUCAGACAUUUUACAGAUUUGUUUCGACGUGUCCGUGUGGCAACACUUGGUUUGCCUGAAGAGCAAGGUGCUAGAGCUGAGCAACCGAAGAUCAUAAAGAGUCUAUACAAUGCAGACAAACUAGACAGUGCAGGAGUCGAGUUUGCGAAUGUGGGUGAAGAAAAUGAUUUAUCGUUGGUGAUUGUUUUCAAAGGAGGAGUCUUGACGAUGCCUUGUUUCACAGUUGAAGAAAACACCGAGAGGGUUAUGAGGAACAUGAUGGCACUUGAGCAGUGUCAUUACCCUCUUUCUGCUUAUGUUUGUAACUAUAUUACCUUCUUGGAUUUCCUCAUCUACACUGACGCAGACGUUGACUUGCUUGUCAAGAAAGACGUUAUAAAGAAGAAUAAGAACUGGUUAGGGCAUCAAGGAUCGGUGGCAGAAAUGGUGAAUAAGCUGUGUGUAGGGCUUGUGGACUUUGGAUCUUACUACGAGCCUAUAGCUGAAAAACUCAAAAAGCACUACAAUAGCAGUCUCCACAGAUCCGUGGCCACGCUCCGACGAGUCUACUUCAAAGAUAUUUGGACCGGAACUACCACCGUGGCAGCCGUUGUUCUCCUUAUUUUGGCUUUAGUUCAGACGGUGGCUUCUGUUCUCCAAGUGACGCAGAGCGACCCCAAGUCACCACCACCUCAAGCUCCUCCCCGAGGAAAGUAGACUGUUUCUUGUAUACCUAGAAACAAAACUUUAAAAAAAAAAAAACUUGCAUUGUUUUUCUUUUCCACACAGAACUAUAUAUAACUUUGGUGUCCUCUUUAUCUUAAAAGUUUAAAAUACAAUUAAGAUAUUCGAUUACU